AUGUGUGGGCCAGAUAUUAAAAUAGAGUUUUAUGCAUAUUCUACCUGUAUCUCUGUAUAUAUGUACAACAUGUUCCCCUGGUUGGGUCCGUGGAUUAAGAACCUGAUGCGGCUGAAGAAAAAUGUUGCUGAUAUGAAGAUGGAGGUGACAGAGCUGGUGAGGGGCCUGAAGGAGACUCUGAACCCUCAUAUGUGUAGAGGCUUUGUGGACUCGUUCCUCGUCCGAAAGCAGACCCUGGAGGAAUCUGGAAAUAUGGAUUCUUUCUAUCAUGACAACAACCUGGUAUUUAGUGUUGGUAACCUGUUUGGUGCUGGUACCGACACCACCGGGACAACCCUGCGCUGGGGUCUGCUGCUAAUGGCCAAGUACCCCCAUAUUCAGUACCGGGUUCGGGAGGAGAUCAGCAGGGUCAUAGGAAGUCGUCAGCCCUUAGCAGAGGACAGGAAGAACCUGCCCUACACUGAUGCAGUGAUCCAUGAGACCCAGAGACUGGCCAACAUUGCACACAUGGCCAUCCCUCACAACACCAGCCGAGAUGUCACCUUCCAGGGAUACUUCAUCAAGUGUCCUAUGCUUCACUCUCACUGCAGGGGACAUCUGAUUCCUCUACUGACGUCGGUCCUACAAGGCAAUAGCGAAUGGGAGAGCCCCCACACUUUUAACCCCACCCACUUUCUGGAUGAGCAGGGAGGAUUUGUCAAGAGGGACGCCUUCAUGGCCUUUUAUGCAGGUCGUAGGGUGUGUCUGGUGGAGGGUCUGGGCAGGAUGGAGCUCUUCCUCUUCUUCACCUCCCUCCUGCAGCGCUUUCGUUUCUCUCCUCCUCCUGGAGUAACAGAGGAUGAUCUGGACCUCACACCAUCCUUGGGGUUCACCCUCAAUCCUUCACCUCACCAGCUCUGUGCUGUGAUCCAGAUCUGAGAUGCAGUGGCAAUUUUAACACGAAAAUAUUGGUGGGGCAAACUCAAUCAGAAAAAUGAAUAUGCACUGAAACAUUACACAUUAAAUGUAAGGGUUUCUGUUACUUGGGCCACAGAAAGGGGAGAGGUCAAGCUUGUCUUCAUAUGUAAACAUAUCUUUUAAACCAUGUGAAGGGGUGAUUGAGGGGGAACCAA